AAAAACAAACAUCAAUUUGAAAUAGGCGAACGAUCCAUGCAAAAUCCCACGUUUCAGGUCUGACGAUGAGCGGUGCGGGUGAAAAGACCGCGGUCAAAGAGUUCUAUGCGAACGACAUCGUUUACAAAUUGAACAAACGAAAACGCGUCACAUUCGGUGUCGUUCAAGAUUCGUAUGAGGGUUCGUCGGAUGUAGACGACUUCAAUGCACUGCAAAAGGGCCAGAUCAGGGUGGUGUGGAGCACCAGUUGCCGGGAACAGGUCUGGAAUCAGAAUAAGGUUCGGUUGAUGAACAGGAGCAUUAUUCCGGGCGAUAUUGUCAGGCGCUUGGUGAAGGGAAAAGAAACACAAAGAGGAUAUUGCAAAGAAACUAAGCAAUUGGCUACUUUACAAAUUGUGGGAACUGAUAAAAUAAUCGAACAUGUUGCCAGUGAUAGGUUGCAGGGGUUGAGACCCUUUCAAGUUGAGGAUGCUGUCUGUCUCGAUGAUAAAUUUGGCAGGAUUGAGAAUGUGGAACAGUUGAUUACAAUGCAAUCAAAAUGUGGAUCCAUAGUGGAAGUUUUAACAAGUAUCAAUCACGAGUUGGAGGAUUACUGGCUGGCAAAGAGGAACCGAGUUGGAUUUGACAUGUAUUAUCCAGGGCAAGAAGUGAUAUGCGUGCCUGCCAAUUUGGACCAGCCACACUGGUUGCGUCGAUCUCGAUGCAUCAAGCGCGGUGCUCAGUCAAGACAACGUUUCACCAUCCAGGCAGUUGAAGAUGUGGUCGUUGAAGUAGCUUGGUGCGGCGAUACCACUCAUUUUGCUGAAGUGGUCGCCGACGACGUUAAACGUUUGAAAGUUUUGGAACGGCCGAGUGACACUUGUCUCGAAUUGAAUGAGCGGAAAUUAUUGAAGCUGGGCGUCAGCGAUGUGCUACUGACUAAGAAGCAAUGGAGCAGGAAGAUGGCUCAGAUGUGCAGAGCGGAGACGGGCAAUGGGGGUGGAGUCAAAGUUAGACAUGUGGUUGGCGGAUGCAACAACAAAACGUCGGUUAGUAGGAUACCAAAGAUGCGCGCCCCUGUUUCGCCAUACUCGCCGCCACCAUCAGAAACACAGUCGGAGGAGUUUGCAGCCGAUGAAGAUUGGUGGACAGAGGAAGGCGAACUGUCCGACGAAGAGGAUUGUAUAAGUACGUCGUCGCCGAUUAGCGGUACAACCAAACACAAUCGCCGUCAUUAUCCGCCGAAACCGAGAGAACUCGUGCCAGGCAACACUUUGGCGGUUGAAGUGGUAUAUGUAGAGUCGAAGGUUACGGUAGUAUGGCAGGAUGGCACCGUCGAAAAAGAUGUUCCUUCCACGCAGCUCUACUACUCCAUUUCAUUGGACGAUCACGAAUUCUUUCCUGGAGAGUGGGUCGUUCACGAUCACAAAAAAUUGGAAGAAGACAAGCCCGAGAUGUAUGGCGUUAUACAGUCUGUUGAUUAUUUGGAGAGGACGACGACGGUCAAAUGGUUUGAAUACUCCAAGGAAAUGAAUCAGCCUAUGGAUGUUUCCAUCACUGAAAUGUCCGUUUACGAUUUAAAGAAACAUCCAAAGUUCGCUUUCAGACCCGGAAGUAUCGUUAAGGCAAAACCAACACAACCGGAUAAAAUGGGAAAAGUCAUUGACAGUUGUGUAGAAGGGUACGUAAAAGUAAUGUGGCUCGAUCACACCUUGGAGGACUGUUGGCCGCAAAAUAUAGAACUGAUUCCCGAUUCCGACGAAUUGGAUUUUUCCGAUUCAUCAGACGACGAAGACGGCACAUCCAGCUUCGGACGCGUCCACAUCGACUCGUGGGAGACCGAAAGCGUGGAAUCGUAUGCAGGGGACGCCGGUGAAGAAACUGCCCUUCAAAACAUGGCUGCACGACUGGAUUUCGUCAGGAGUCGCAUAUUAUUUCUCAGGGAGGCUUUUCGGCAACACACCAUUGCAGAUAAUUUUUCGUUUUUGAAGGAUCUUUUACUCAUUUACGACAACUCCAGUUAUUUGGACAAACUACUGGGCACAUCCUUCUUUAGUCUAAAGAGCAAACAUUUCCAGACACUUUUGAUGCAGGCGAAGGAGAAGGCACGAAACUUGGGAGUAGAGUUGCGGGGUCGUUUGUUUAACACCGAAACUGGUCAAGUUCCUUCGCUGCCGAGAAGCACGGCUAAAAUAGCCGAAAAGGAAAACAUUAAUAAGCUGAUAAAACUGGAGCACAGGAUGAACGCCGAAAUCGAAAAGAAAGACGAUUCGACUAAUAAAGACAAAGAUAAUAAUACGAGUACUGUUACAACGCCGUCCGCGGAAAGUAAUUUCGAAAUAACACAGGAGAAUCUCUGCAUAGAAUUGCUAUCCAUGCUCAAAAUACGUAUGGAUUUGGCAUACGCGGAGAUAAUUAGUAGGAUUGGCGGUGUUCAAGCGUUGAGUGUAAUGACGAAAGCAUCAACUAACAUUACGACACCGCCGAUGAGCAGCACUCCCUGGCCGACAAGUAUGCCCUCAACCCCUGAAGACACACAAUUGCCUAAUCCGUUGAAGAUGACUCUGCCACCGACUCCGCCCGGGUCGGCGAAAGAACAAUCAUCUAUGGCGGACGCACACGCUGAAGGCUACAGAAUGCUGGACGACCCGUCACCCCUCCAUCAUUAUUGCGCAAGCAAGUUUGAGGCGCAAGAUCUGAAAUCACUGAUGAAAGCUAUCAAUAAGGAGCUGAAGUUGCUGCAGGAAUCGCUCCCACCGGGAGUUUGGGUGAGAUCAUAUAGCAGCCGGUUGGAUCUUUUGUCGGUAAUGAUUCGUGGACCGGCCAAAACGCCCUACGAGGACGGCCUCUUUUUGUUCGACAUCCAACUGAGCCAGAACUAUCCAAGGUCGCCGCCGUUGGUUCAUUACAUAAGCUACAGUUCGGAGAGACUCAAUCCUAAUUUGUAUGUUGAGGGGAAGGUUUGUGUCUCGUUGUUGGGCACGUGGAUGGGUCGAGGCACUGAAGUUUGGGGACCGAACAGCACUUUGCUCCAGCUGAUCGUGUCGAUUCAGGGUCUGAUUUUGGUGGCGGAGCCCUAUUACAACGAGGCGGGUUACGAGAAGCAAACGGACACGCAGCAGGGCUACGAAAACUCCCGCACUUAUAACGAAUUGGUCGUGCUCAAAUUGGUGCAGUCAAUGACCGAAAUGCUCCAGUCACCGCUCGAUAUCUUCAAGGAAGAAAUUUUGAUGCAUUUCUCAGAGCACGGGAAGCUGUUGUGCAAUCGGUUGGAGCGGUUCUGCAGCGACACUGAUCCGUCCAAGCCGGAUUAUCCUUUGUUGCCGGUCAGUAAAGGAUUGAAGUUAUCUCUUAACGCUGCGAUAAGUAAUUUCAAGGAUGUGCUCAAAAAGGUGCUUGCGCAGGCCGAAAAAUAAUGUGAUUGGUUUGUUGAUAUUCACUUGUCCUUAUUUUGUUAUUGGAUAAUAAACCUUUGGAUUCUGGUUGUUAUGAUAUAUGAUGUAAUGUAAUGAGGGUGCGUUCAUUCGUUGUGGAUAUAUUGUUCUUUAUUUAUUUGUAACGAUUGUUCAUUUAAUAAUUAUUUAUUGUGAUUGCACAAACAACGUUGGAUGACGGUUUUAAAUUUUGGAAAUUGACCACAACACUCAUUUUUAUGUGUUGCAUAUUGUUAAUUGGAAUGGAAUAUGAUAUACCAUGAAAUGGAAUGGUUCAAUUUUUCAAAUUUUACGCUCGAUUUUUACGUUGUUCUGUUUGUGAUGUAUUUGUUCUGUGAUGGAUGAAACUGAACAUGUAUUAUGGUGUUUGCAAACUUCAGUCUUUUUUCUUAACAUGGAAAUUUGUAAGCACCACUUAUUUCUCACUAUUACUAUUUUUAUUAUUAUUGUUAUUAAUUAAUUAACUUGUUGACAUUUGCUGAAACAGUACGACAGUGUUGAAUUGUUCGGGGUAAUGCCUAAGCAAGCACAAAUAACGCGUUAAUGAAACACAAUCCAUUUUGAUUAGUUCUAGGAUUUUUCAGGAUUUCUAAAAAUAAAUACUGUUACUGUUUA